AUGAGUGGUGUUCGUGCUCUCGUCCUGUCAAUGUUCGUCAUCUUGAAGCAGCAGCGCAAUCUCUGUCAAUAUGGAGCAGCGGACAAGUUGAAUGGACCCGUUUCGCAAUGCCGACACGUCUUUGAGCCUUUUGCAGCAGUAGAGGUCAAGCGAAUGGUCUCUGGACAACGCAGAGAAGUGGAAAAUACUACGAGUGCGACGCAGUGA